AUGCCGCAGCCGAGGACAGACGUUGAAGACGUGCUGAAGAUGAUGAAGGCGUCCGUGGGAAAUCCACAGGUGCAGGAGAAAGGAUGUGAGUCGCUGAAGCGUUUGGCCAUGGACCGCGAUGGCCAAGACGAGGUGGCUAGCCAAGGAGGUAUCGCCGCAGUUGUGAAGGCCAUGGAACACCACAAAGUCAUUGGCGUGCAGCUGGCUGGACUGAACUGUUUGGAGAAGAUCACUGCCAACAACUCUGCCACUGGUUCAGCCAUGGUAGAGGCCGGAGGCGUCGACGCGGUUUUAAGCGCGAUGAGGCUGGAUCUGAGCAAGGCAGAUCUGCAGAUGGCAGCUUGCAGGAUCUUGUGCAGCAUUGCCAUGUGUGAUGCCAAGUGCCAAGAGAAGGUAGCCAAAUCUGGUGCUGCUCAGGCAGUGCUCGACGCGAUGAGAGGGCAUUCUUCCGUAGCAUCAGUCCAGGAGCUGGGCUGUCAGGCUCUCAAAGAGUUCGCCGCCUACAAUGCAGAGAGUCAAGAGGACAUCUACAUGCGGGGAGGCAUCCAGGUGGUCCUCCGGGCCAUGGAGGCCCACCCGGAGGUACCGAACCUCCAGGUGAUGGGUUGUGGUGUGCUGCGGAAUCUCGCGGCCUGCAACUCCGAGCAGCAGCAAGCAGUGGUGUCGCGUGGAGGGAUCCAGGUAGUCCUGGAUGCCAUGUCUGCCCACGGCGACAGCUCCGCCAUGCAAUGGGCCGGCUGUUGGACCCUGUUCUGCCUCUGCGUCCACAAUGCAGACAUGAGGUGCGAAGUAGCCGCCUACGGCGCCGCGCGUGCUGCGCUGAAGGCCCUCGAGGCUCAUCGGGCAGAGCAUCGAGUGCAGGAGGCUGGCUGCUGGCUGCUGAAGGAGUUAGCAGAGCACAUGGCCACGGCGAAGGACCGAGCGACCUUCUCAGCUGCGAUUCAGGCGGCGCUGAAGGCACUUGAAAAGCACCCAGGGAAUGCGGCGGUGCAGAAAGCGGCGAGAGGGGCUCUGCAGAACCUCUCCGCUUUCGACAAGGAGGGAUGGGUCAAAAUGGCCUGCCUCGGGCGAUGUGGCCGUCUUGGGCGUACAGCGACCAUGCGGACCCUUGAGGCCAUCCAGGAGUAG